AUGGGAUUCACGCCAGAUGCACUUCGAAAGAAAUUCCGUAUACGAAACAAACUUGUAAGAAAUUGUCUAGCCGAAUUCUUUGGCACUUUUCUAUUGUUGUAUAUCGGCUUGAGUAUAAUCGCACAAUUAAUUCUAUCGAAAGAGAAACUCAAUGUAUGGAUUAAUAUUAAUAUCGGAUGGGGUUUUGAUAUCACAUUCUCGGUGCUGGUCGUGCAAAGUUUGUCAGGUGGUCAGUUGAAUCCGGCUAUAUCGCUCCUAAUGUUCACAUUAGGUGAACUCGAGCUAUUCCACUUCUUCGCAUAUUGUGCUGCCCAAAUGGUAGGCGCUUUUCUGGGUGCUGUCGCUACCUACAUCACUUAUAUCGAUGCGAUAAACGCAUAUGAAGGUGGUACUUUGAAUCGCACUGUAUUUGGACCAACAGCAACCGCUGGAAUAUUUUCUACUUAUCCGGCUGCACAUCUCUCCAUGUCAGCCGCAUAUAUCGAUCAGGUUGCUGGAACUGGUACACUAGCGUUGUUCGUAUGCGCGAUUGUCGACAAACGUAAUAAGAUUCCGAAGGCGGCACAUGCGGUAUUGUUUGGUUUGGUGGUUGUGUUGAUCGGUUGCGCAUUCGGCAUGAAUGUUGGGUAUCCAAUCAACCCAGCUCGUGACCUCGGACCUCGAAUCUUCACCUGGUUCAUCUACGGAAAUCAAGUCUUCACGUACCCGUAUUCAUCAUGGUUUCUCGUGCCAAUAAUUGGACCAUGUCUAGGUGCAGUGCUUGGUGGUUGGAUGUAUUUCAUUUUCAGUGGAAUUCACAUACCCGACUCGGAGGAAUGCUUGCAGUACGACGUUGUGCAAACCAACGACGUUGAAUUGGGUGCGAUUGAAUCGAAGAUGGUGAAUCAGUCUUAG